AAAACAUUUUUGUCGCAAAAUUAUGUCGGUAUCUCUUGUUCAGCCACGUUAAAUAAUGAAAAAAGCUAUUUGCGGUUUGAUUACCUAAAUUAAAAAAGGUCAUGUUUGAUUUUAUGUUCAUGUAAGUACUGUCUAUCACGGAAGAAUUGCAUUCUAGCUGUGCGGAAUAUGGAAUGUUCAACAAUCCUGUGAUUCGUUAUUUCAUUUAUUGCAUUGAUUCCGGGCACGCUUCCUUUCUCUUUCACUGCGAUUUUCUCCACGUUUCAUCAAAGAAUGUUUGAACAGUUUUGUAAAUGGAUCAUCUGUUUAUUGGAAUUUCUUUACGCUCUGAAAAUGUGAUUGUUUGUGUACCCUUUAGGCCAAAUAGACAGGCACUAAUUGUUCACAUUUUUUACUUGGAGCAAAAUGAAAUAAAGUAAGAUGAAAUGUUUCACUUUUUGAUGUGUUGUCUUUCCGGAUGUGGAAUAAAAUUACGUUUGCGUAUUCAUUUCUGACCAUUAUGACUGUAAAAUUUUGUAUAUAAUAUUUUCCGAUUUUUAAUCAACAUGAAUGCCGGAAAAAAAGUUUUUACAAGAAAGAAAAAGACAGUGUAGUUAUUUCUAUAAGAAAGUUAUGAUCAGUUAAAUUGAAACGGAAAAUGGUUUGCUGUGUCAACAAAGAGAAAUGAUGUUAUUCUAACAUGGAUUCAAACCAUUAGUUAUUUUACUUGAUGUGUUCUUGAAUAUUCAACUGAAGUCAAAAAUGGAUAAAUGUUUUAUAACCCGUGCCAUAAUAAUCUUCCUAUUUCUUAAAGAGUCACAGCAAGGUACAAACGAGAAGAGAUUGUUUCAUGAUUUGUUUCAAGAACGCUAUUACAGUCCAUUAGAACGUCCAGUUGAAAACGAGUCAUUACCUAUACGUGUUAAUUUUACACUAGUUCUACAACAAAUUAUUGACGUGGACGAGAAGAAUCAAAUCAUACAUACGAAUAUUUGGUUACAGAUGAAAUGGAGGGCUGCCAACCUAAUGUGGGAUCCAUACGAGUAUGGUGGUAUAGAGGCUAUACCUGUACCAGCCAAACUCAUCUGGACACCUGAUAUUUUAUUGUACAACAGCGCAGACGACAAGUUUGAUGGUACCUACCAUAGUAAUGUAGUUGUGCGCUCAGACGGAUCGUGUCUCUGGGUACCACCCGGCAUGCUCAGGAGCACGUGCUCAAUAGAUAUAACCUGGUUCCCAUUCGAUGAUCAACACUGUGAUCUCAAGUUUGGUUCCUGGACUUAUGAUGGCCGGAUGCUGGAUCUUCAAAUGGAAGAUCCAAAUGGUGGCUCCAUACUCGAGUUCCGGCGUAACGGUGAAUGGGAACUUAUAGGAGUGCCAGGACAUCGUCACGUGCAGGAAUACGACUGCUGUGAAGAGUUUUAUAUAGAUCUAGUGUACACCAUUCAUAUUCGCCGACGAACAUUGUAUUAUGGGUUCAAUAUAAUUAUUCCUUGCCUUCUGAUCUCGUCGAUGUCAUUACUACUGUUUCUGCUUCCACCCGACGCCGGCGAGAAAAUAUCUCUAGGUGUCACUAUAUUACUCUCACUGAUGGUGUUUCUGUUACUUGUUGCCGAGACAAUGCCUCCAACAUCAGAUGCUUUACCACUUAUAGGUAUUUAUUUUUGUUGUAUCAUGGUGAUGACGUCAUUGUCUGUGCUGUUUACAGUGGUUGUGUUGAAUUUUCAUUACCGUGGACCAGAAACACACGUUAUGCCCUCAUGGGUUAAAUUCGGGAUAAAUGUAGUGCUUGCAAAGGCGCUAUGUAUGACCCGGCCGACAACAGAAAAACGACGUCAAAGUAUACUACAGAGACAUCGCCUUGGAGAUGUUCAGAUGCACGAAAGAAUGACAACUCAUUCAUUGCUUCCAAAUUUGCUCGAAUCGGAAGAGGAGUAUCGCGCAUGUGCAGAAAAUGGCCUUUGCGGACUGAAUACUUUAGGUGCAUCUGAUUGGAUACGCCAAGCACAGGCGUGUAACAUUAACAUGACGCAAACAAGCGGAGACGAUACGGGCAGUACGAAAUACGUAAAUGACAAAUCUGAAUUUGCAAGUCCAAACCUUGUUGCAAUUCUUGUAGAACUCAAGAAAAUAACCUCGAAAUUAAAAGAGGACGAGGAAGACACAAAUAUUAAAAAUGAGUGGAAAUUUGCAGCAAUAGUGAUUGACAGGUUGUGUUUAUGGAUAUGUUUGGCUGCUACGCUUAUUUCGACGAUUGCAAUCUUAAGUUCAGCACCGCAUUUAGUUGCUUAAAAGCAGAGUAGGAAGCAAUAAUUUCCUACCUAUAUUAUAGAAAGAGACUUGCCAGUAAUGAAAGUCAUUUAACGUCAGAUGAAAAUACAGCAAAACCUUUACUUCUGAAGCAGUGUGUACUAAACGCAUGAGUGUUUGUAAACUAAUUGUAUUCAUGCUAGCUUUAUCUUGAUAUCUUGUAAUUUGUGUAAAUGACACCACAAAUUGAGAAAAUGUGCUGAACCGUACUGAAUCAUGUGAAUAGUUUCUAAGAUUGAAAAGUGCUUUGAGAAGGGACGGUAAAAAAGAAUGAUUAUAUCUGUGGCAUACAAAUAAUCAUACUCCAUGUACAAAAUACACAAACAUUUCUGAAUGAAAUGACAUACAGCCUAAUGUUGGUUGUUCUUUGAGUAAAGAUACUUAGAUACUUUUAAAGAACUGCAAAAAGUCUGUGGAGAAGGACAUUAUAACAUUUUACUAUAAAGGCAGACAAACGGAAUACAUUGUAAAAAGUAAA